AUGGCUAAUGGAUAUUUGGCAAUAAAUAUACUUUUUCUUCAAGAAAGAGUGAGAAUUCUAGAAAGACGAUUAGAGAGAAGAUUAUUGCGCGAUGCUCAAAAUCCAUUUGAGCUGCCUAACAAUGAAUUUAUCGCGCAAUUUAGGGUAAAUAAGGACAUAGUUACAGAUAUUGUAAAUAUUCUGAGACCACAUUUGCAAAAACAGCGUAUAACUGGUUUAUCUCCAGAGAUACAAGUAUUAGUAGCAUUUGGUUUCUUUGCACAUGGUAGUUACCAAAGACCUGCUGGUAAUCAAUGUGAAUUAGUUGUAAGCCAACCAUGUGCUAGUCGUUGCAUAAGAAAAUGGCGCAAUUAA